GUCUCCUCUCGUCUUCCCCUAUUAACUGCGCAAGCAAUGGGGAAUCCGAAAUGGGUCCUGGCGCCAUGGGCGGUGCUGCUUCUCCUGCAGCUCGCCUGCGCAUCUCACCAUGCCCGCAUGAGCCUGGAGACCUCGGCCGCGUCGCCGUCGGUCCCAGCCUCCAUUGUUAGCCCGCUGCUCAGGACAGGCUACCACUUCCAGCCCCCCAUGAACUGGAUCAACGAUCCAAAUGGGCCGUUGUACUACAAGGGAUGGUACCACCUGUUCUACCAGUAUAACCCCAAGGGCGCGGUGUGGGGCAACAUCAUCUGGGCGCACUCGGUGUCCCGCGACCUGAUCAACUGGAUCGCCCUUGAGCCGGCCAUCUCGCCGAGCAUCCCGACGGACCAGUACGGCGUGUGGUCCGGUUCGACGACGAUCCUCCACGACGGCACUCCGGCGAUCCUGUACACGGGGAUCGACCGGCCGAGCGUCAACUACCAGAUCCAGAAUAUCGCCUUGCCCAAGAACGCGUCGGACCCUCUCCUCCGGGAAUGGUACAAGCCGGGGUACAACCCGAUCGCCGUGCCGGUGGCCGGCAUAAACGCGACGCAGUUCCGCGACCCGACCACCGCGUGGUUCGCCGGCAAGCACUGGCGUAUGCUGGUGGGGGGCCUCCGGCCGGGGACGCUCCGCGGGGAGGCGAUCCUGUACCGGAGCCGCGACUUCAAGAACUGGACCCGCGCCCAGCACCCGCUGCACUCGGCGCUGACCGGCAUGUGGGAGUGCCCGGACUUCUUCCCGGUGGGCAAGGCCGGGGUGGAGAAGGGCCUGGACACCUCCGAGUACGGCGCGGCGGCGGGCGUGGAGAAGCACGUGCUGAAGAACAGCCUCGACCUCACCCGGAUGGACUACUACACCGUCGGCACGUACGACAACGUCAAGGAGCGGUACGUGCCGGACAACCCCACCGGCGACGUCUACCAGCGCCUCCAGUACGACUACGGCAACUUCUACGCGUCCAAGACCUUCUUCGACCCCGUGAAGCAGCGCCGGAUCCUCCUGGGGUGGGCCAACGAGUCCGAUAGCGUGGCCCACGACAAGGCCAAGGGCUGGGCCGGGAUCCAGGCGAUUCCCCGGAAGAUAUGGCUUGACCCCAGCGGCAAGCAGCUGGUGCAGUGGCCGGUGGAGGAGCUCGAGAAGCUCCGGUGUAAGCCUGUUACCGUCGGCGACAAGGUCGUCAAGCCCGGCCAGCAUUUUGAGAUCACGGGUCUGCAGUCAUACCAGUCUGACGUGGAGGUGAGCUUCGAGAUAUCGAGCCUGGAUAAGGCUGAGCCCUUCGAUCCGGCCUACAGCAACAACGCGCAGAAGCUGUGCGGCAUCAAGGGCGCCGAUGUCAAGGGCGGGGUAGGGCCUUUUGGGCUGUGGGUGCUGUCCUCUGCCGACCUAGCAGAGAAGACUGCAGUGUUCUUCAGAGUCUUCAAGGAUGGAUACGGCAAACCUAUCGUCCUCAUGUGCAGCGACCCCACCAAGUCAUCUCUUACCCCAGAUCUAUACAAGCCGACUUUCGCCGGGUUCGUCGACACCGACAUUUCGUCCGGGAAGAUCUCUCUGAGAAGCUUGAUCGAUCGGUCGGUGGUUGAGAGCUUCGGCGCGGGAGGGAAGACCUGCAUCCUAUCAAGGGUGUACCCGUCUAUGGCCCUAGGGAAAGACGCGCACCUUCACGUGUUCAACAACGGGGAGACGGAUAUCAAGGUGUCCAAGCUGACCGCGUGGGAGAUGAAGAGACCAUUGAUGAAUGGCGCCUAAGCAUGCACCAUCUCCGACGAGUUUUCGCUUCCUCGCAUUUCGUGGUUUCACUUCACUGAUAUUCAGUCCCUCGAUUGCUCACUCAAGAGCUCUAUGAUCACAUAUGAUUUGCAAAUUUUGUUGCAAAAUUCAUGGGUUGGGUACCGUGGUGUACGUACAAAUAAAGAUAUUGUUUAAUUUCCACGCGUCUAAAUAUAAUAAUAAAGAGCUAGCUUCAUAUUUUUC